CUCCUCCAUUUUUCCUGCUUGGAAGCAGUAAAUCUACCUCUUGGAAUCUACCCCUAAGAGAGCUAGAAAUGAGUAAGUGGAUCUUACACACCCAUUGUGAAGUGGAGCAGAAGACUUUUCUCAUUUCAUCAGCUGCUGUGCUUCUUGGUGGCCUGACUCUCAUAUUGCUGUGGAGAAUAGUGCAGACACAUCUUGUCCCAUGGAUCAAACAGAGAUGCACACUAGCACCUGCUUCUGGACAGCCGACAGAGAAUGAGGAAAGGACGGAUGGGCGCACUGAUGUCAGCACCCGGGUGAGACACUUCGUGGAGUUGCUGCUUUCAGCACAGUCCUUUAUGGGCAGGGUCUUGGUCAUUUUGGUGUUUGUACUCAGUAUUGGAACAGUGAUAAUUUACUUUAUUAUAUCAGCAGACCCUUCAGAGUUCUGUGACUAUUCUGAAAGCAUCGUACUCAUGAUUGAUCUUGGGUUUAACACUUUCUUUGUCUUUUACUUUGUGCUGCGGUUUAUUGCUGCUGAUGAUAAACUGAAAUUCUGGUUGGAGCUGACUUCGAUUGUGGAUUUCUUCACCAUAACUCCUGUGUUUAUUUCAGUCUAUUUAAGGAAAAAUUGGCUCGGACUGCGGUUCCUCCGGGCAUUGAGACUACUGGAGCUUCCAAAAAUUUUACAGUUGCUCAAAAUAACUACAACAAGCUCUGCCAUCAAACUCUCCAACCUCCUCGCUGUUUUCCUCAGCUGCUGGCUGACUGCUGCAGGAUUUAUUCACCUGCUGGAGAACUCGGGAGACCCAUGGCUAGAAGACAACGUCCACCACAUGGAUUAUUUUCAGUGCAUUUACCUACUGAUGGUGACAUUCUCAACCGUUGGCUAUGGAGACACCACAGCUGAAACUACCUUGGGACGUAUCUUCAUAAUUCUCUCCAUUAUUGGUGGCAUGGUUCUAUUUGCCAGUCAAGUUCCUGAAAUUGCGCAUAUUGUAGGAAGUCACAAAAAAUACAGUGGAUUUCAUGUGGUUGCAGGUGGAAGAAAGCAUGUUGUUGUAGUUGGGCACUUUACCAUGGACAGUGUGACUUCAUUCAUCAGAGAAUUUUUGCAUGAGGAUCGAGGGAAUAUCACUACAGAUGUUCUCUUUAUUGGGGAAAUCCUACCCACUCUUGAAUUAGAAGCUUUGAUCAAAUGUAACAUACAAUCCACCUUUUUCCAUGGAUCUGUACUAGACCACAAAGACCUAAUCAGAGUCAAGAUGGAAAACGUGGAUGCUGUCUUGGUGUUCGCUAACAGAUAUUGUUCAAACCCAGAUCAUGAAGAUGCCACAAACAUCAGGAGAGUGGCUUCAAUUAAAACUUACUAUCCACAUGUCAGAGUGAUUACACAGAUCCUACAAACACACAACAAGGCUCACGUGCAGAAUAUCCCCAGCUGGGACUGGAGAAUUGGGGACAGCAUCCUCUGCCUUUCAGAACUCAAAUUGGGAUUCAUGGCUCAGGGCUGCCUUGUCCCUGGACUCUCCACUUUGCUAACAAAUCUGUGCUCAAUGAAAGUGGAUGCCGAGGUGAAGCAAGGCAGUUGGCAGUGGCAUUUCCUAGAUGGCUCCAGUAACUCCCUGAUGACUGAGAUCCUUUCUAAUGCCUUUGUGGGGAUGUCUUUCUCUGAUGCCUGCCGCCUGUGCUUUGUAAAGAUGAACAUUGUGUUGAUGGCAAUAGAAUACAGAACGUCUGAAGGAUUUAGUAUUUUAGUAAACCCAUCUGCUCACGUUGUAUUGCAAGAGAACACAACUGGAUUCUUCAUCGCAAGAUCUCUGGCAGACGUGCAGAGGGCUUCCUUAUACUGCAGUCUUUGCCACGCCAACAUAAUUGAUCCCUUACUCAUCAGGAAAUGUGCCUGCAAACAGAGAGCUGCUCAUUACCAGGUGUCAGAUCAUUACUUGCUGACUUCUGUGAGGUCCAGAUCAUUAGGCGUUCUCCCCACUUCAGAUUACAGACCUUCCACAAGUGAACAGAAGGGCAGCAGCAACCCUACUCUGGACUCUACUGGGAUGUUCCACUGGUGCAAAGCAGUUCCAUUGAAACAAGCUACCUUGACUCAUCAAACUGCGGCACAGAUGGAAUUCCAAAAUCACAUUGUGGUCAGCCUCUUUGGGUACAUUGGCCUGCAGGACUUUGUCAUGCCUCUGCGCACCAGUAACUUCAGCUACCAGGAACUGAAGCCAGUCAUCUUUCUUGGGCCUCUCAGGCACCUUAGGAGAGAAUGGAAAAGCAUUCAGCAUUUCCCCAAGCUGUUUGUGUUUCCAGGGUCUGGCCUGUCCUGUGCUAAUCUGAGGGCUGUAAAUAUAUACCAGUGUUCCAUGUGUGUGGUCAUGUCAUCUAACUGGACCCAUAGAACAAAAUAUUUGGAGGAUACAGAGUGCACACAGGCCACCCGUAAUGUCAGGUCCAUGCAGUUUAAGACAAGAAUUGGUAACACAGCUGCCCUGCUGCUGCCCAGCGAUGGGAAGGAGCCGGUGUGCAGGAUUCCAGUUAUCACAAAGCUGAAUGACGCAUCAAACAUCACAUUUAUCCAGCAGGAGAUGCCUGCUGACCACAAGCGCCCAGUGACUAAUGCUAUUUUCACCACCGCAUUUGCGUCUGGGUCUGUGUUCUCUGCAAGUUUCUUAGACUGUUUGAUGUCAGUGACGUAUUACAGCUGCAAUAUACUGCCUCUGCUGCAAACCUUGGUGACAGGUGGAAGCACGCCAGAACUAGAGGAGCAGUUGGCUGAUGACUAUGCAUUAAAAAUGAGUCAACAUAACACAAAGCACUUUGCUCCCCAAGAUCGCAGCAAACUCUCCCUGAUACCCCUAAAUGCUCAAGGGAUGUCUGAUAUCAAUGGAAAUACGUACGGAGAGCUGUUCUGUAGCGCAUUGGCAUGUGGCAUCAUCUGCUUUGGUGUUUACCGCCUCUUUGAUGAAUCCAACCAAUGUCAGACCAGGUAUGUUAUCGCCAGGCCAGGCAAGGACUUCCCUCUGCAAGCCACCGAUCUGCUGUACUGCCUGGUCCCAUGCAGAGAGCAGACAUGUCCUCUGAAGUUUGGAGCAGAAAAAUCUUCUGAAACUUCACAGGGAAGGAACCAAAUACAUCAGUUGUUCCACAGCUCUGAGAUUUUGACGUCCAUCGUAUAGGUCAUGGAAACCACAUUGAAAAUAGUGGUUGCAAACAGUAUAAUCUCUACCCACUGUUUUUAAAUAACCCAUAACUUGAAAUAUUGUUUUGUGCCUCUUUGUUAUUAUUGUUAUAACAGGUUUGUCAGAGUUACUAGUUUACUGUUUAUAGCAUUUAUGUUUCAGUCUUAUUGGAAAGUUGCUGAAUAAAUUAUGUUUUUGGUGAAGACAAA